AUGUCGUCGACGGAACGGAUCAAGGUGAUGCUGGCGGACGACCAUCCCAUCAUGAGGGACGGCCUGCGGGACGCCCUGGAGGGUGAGGGGGACUUCGAGGUGGUCGGAUCGGCGGCAGACGGGGUUGAGGCGGUGAGCAUGGCGCAGAGCGUUGCGCCCGAGGUCAUCGUCAUGGACGUGAUGAUGCCGCACAAGGACGGCGUGGACGCCUGCCGGGAGAUCAUGGAGCUGCUGCCGGACACGCGGGUGCUGAUGCUGACGGCCUCGACCACAGAGGAUGCGGUCGUGGAGGCGAUCGCCGCCGGCGCGACGGGCUAUCUGCAGAAGGACUCGGGGCCUGAGGAGCUGGCGGAGGCGAUUCGGGAGGUGGCCCAGGGCCGUCUGCGCAUACCGGACAAGUCCAUAAGGCGGGUCUUCGCGAUGAUCCGCGGCCAGCGGGGGCUCACCGCCAGUCGGGCCCUGAAAGCGCUGACCGACCGGGAGCGGGAGAUCCUGCAGCUGUUUGCCAGCGGCAAGUCAUACGCCCAGAUCGCCGAGGCCAAGGGCAACAAGAUCGUGACCGUCAGGAACUCGAUCUAUCGCAUUCAGGAC